AUGAUUGCAAUUGCACGCAAGAACCUCUCCUGUUUACGUUUGAACCCUAAUUCAUUUCUCAGCAACUCAAAUCUUCAUUUCUUUCCCGCAUUCCAAUUCUUCUCCACUUCGAAAGUGGAAAGACAGAUCCCUAACCUUAAAAUCUACGAUGUAUUGGUCAACAAACACCACUUCUCUCCCGAAUCGGCUUCACUAGCUGCAUCACGUUCUCCCAAAUCUAGAUGCCCUAAAAGAGCCGAUUCAGUACUAUCCUUCUUCAAAGAGAAUAGCUUUACGACUACUCAGCUCGAGAAAAUCGUCAUCUAUUAUCCUCCGAUUCUAGGGUUAAGAAUUGAGCGCAUCAGAUUCAAAUUCAACGUAUUCCAAGACUUGGGCCUUUCUCCCGAGGAGAUUGCCCAAAUAAUUUUCAGUCAUAUUUCGAUGUUACGUUCAAGCACGAAGAAUAGGAUCAUUCCUUCAUUAUCCAAGCUCAAAGAUUUCCUCGAAUCUGGUCAUGAAGUGGCCAGACUUUUGAAAAGAUCUGCCUGGUUUUUGACAACAGAUUUGGAUGAAUCCUUAAUGCCGAAUGUGGAAAUUCUCAAGAGCUGCGGUAUACCUAUGGUGCGUAUCCAGCACUUCCUCUAUAUUCGGCCGAGAUGCUUCUUGGUGAAGCCUCAUAUUAUGAGGAAAUCUGUAGACAAGGCCAUAUAA